GCAGUCUUCUAGAAGCGGAAGAACAACUUAGGUUUGAUGUUUUGUGUGCCAUCAACUGAAAUUGGACCCAUCAUGAAUAUAACCAAGGGUGGACUGGUGCUGUUUUCAGCGAAUUCCAAUUCGUCAUGCAUGGAACUAUCGAAGAGGAUUGCUGAGCGCUUAGGAGUUGAGAUGGGGAAGGUUCAAGUUUAUCAAGAGCCAAACAGGGAAACAAGAGUGCAGAUUCAGGAGUCUGUGAGAGGAAAGGAUGUAUUUAUCAUCCAAACAGUUUCGAAGGAUGUGAAUACUACGAUCAUGGAACUCCUGAUCAUGGUGUACGCCUGUAAAACCUCCUGUGCCAAAAGCAUUAUUGGAGUGAUUCCGUACUUCCCGUACAGCAAACAGUGCAAGAUGAGGAAAAGGGGCUCUAUUGUCUCUAAAUUACUGGCUUCAAUGAUGUGCAAAGCUGGACUAACUCAUCUUAUUACCAUGGAUUUACAUCAGAAGGAAAUACAGGGCUUCUUCAAUAUUCCAGUUGAUAACUUGAGAGCAUCUCCAUUUUUACUACAGUACAUCCAAGAAGAGAUACCAGACUACAGGAAUGCUGUAAUUGUGGCCAAAUCACCUGCGUCUGCCAAGAGUCCCCCAGCUUUACAUAACCCCCCCACUUCUUUACAUAUUUUUGCUAUUCAUCCCAGUUUGGAGAUACCCAUGCUGAUUCCCAAGGAAAAACCACCCAUCACAGUUGUUGGAGAUGUAGGAGGAAGAAUAGCUAUCAUUGUGGAUGACAUUAUAGAUGACGUGGACAGCUUUCUUGCUGCAGCUGAGACCCUCAAGGAGAGAGGGGCUUACAAGAUCUUUGUAAUGGCCACACACGGCCUGUUGUCUUCAGAUGCUCCCAGGCUGAUAGAGGAAUCUGCAAUUGAUGAAGUGGUUGUUACGAACACAAUUCCACAUGAAAUACAAAAACUCCAGUGCCCAAAGAUUAAGACUGUGGAUAUCAGCAUGAUCCUCUCGGAAGCCAUUCGCCGGAUCCAUAACGGGGAGUCCAUGUCGUACCUUUUCAGAAAUAUAGGACUGGAUGAUUAAUGCUGCUCAUUCUAAAGAAACACCCUGGGCCAAACUGGAAGCGAACAGAUAAAGAGCUGUGAAGCAUCAUGCUUACCUUAAUAUUUCUAUUGAGCCACUUGUUUUCUCUUGGGUUAAGUAUCAAGGUAGAACAGUUUUUUAAGAGCUUUUUUGGGGGGUUGGGGAAUAAACAUUUUACAAAAAACUGUUCUAUUUACUUUUAGGUUAGUUGCACUAUAUACAUGAUGGAAAAACCCCACAAAACACUUGAGGCAAGAAUUUGGCUUCUAAAUCAAGCAUUCCUUUUCCAAAGCUGCUUGCUACAAGUGCUUUCAAAGAUAAUAAAAUGAAGUGACUGUAUCAUAUUUGCAUUUUAAAAGCCAAAAAGGUUGUACUGUUGUAUGCAGUUAAGUGAUUUUUUUGUAGGAGUGCUUUUAUAGAAAAGCAUAUGAAAUAUGCACCUGUAUUUAUUUUCUGCAACAAAGAAUAAAGACUUGUUUUGUGUGAGCUUUC